AUGUCUGCUGUCAGCUGUCUGCUGACUGAAGAUCAGUUUCUCUGCUCCAUCUGUCUGGAUGUGUUCACUGAUCCAGUCAGCACACCAUGUGGACACAACUUUUGUAAAACCUGCAUCACUAAACACUGGGUUACUGAUGUUCCCUAUCAGUGUCCCAACUGUAGAGAGGUUUUCAACACCAAACCUGAGCUGCAGGUCAAUACUUUCAUCUCAGAGAAGUUCAGACAGUCAACUCAACAGGAAGCCAAAAGCAGCAGCAGCAGCUCAGAGCAACAAUUGCCCGGACCAAAAGGAGUUCCCUGUGACGUCUACUCAGGAAGCAAAAGAAGGACCUGGAUGUUCUUCUUGCUGUGUCUGAUGGGUGUCUUCAUGGCCUGGAUGGUUUCAGACCAAAAGAAGCAUCUUGUUGGUCCUCUGAAAGAAGAAUAUGAAGCAAAGAAAGCUGAGCUGUGGAAGACAGGGGCUGAAAUUAUGCAGAUGAUCCAGAAGAGACGACUGAAGAUUCAGGAGAUCAAACACUCGGUGGAGCUCAGUGAUGAAGAUGCUGACAGAGAGAUAGCAGAAGGUGUUCAGAUCUUCACUGCUCUGAAGGACUCUGUUGAGAGAAGCCAGGCCGAGCUCAUCGAGAUGAUCCGAGAGAAGCAGAGAACGACAAAGCAACCAGCUGAAGGCUUCAUCUCAGAGCUGGAACAGGAAAUCUCUGAUCUGCAGAAGAGAAGCACUGAGGUGGAGCAGCUCUUACAGUCUGAAGACCACCAACACCUCAUCCAGAGCUUCACCUCCCUGAAAACUGUUCCACCCACCAAGGACUGGACAGAAGUCAACGUCCGUCCACCUUCAUAUGAGGGGACUGUGAGGAGAGCUGUGACUCACCUAGAGGAGACGCUCAGUGAACAGAUGAAGAAACUGCUCCCUGAGUCUGAUCUGAAAAAGGACAAGCAGUCUGCAGUGGCUGUGACUCUUGAUCCUGAUACAGCACAUCCUGAUCUCAUCCUGCCUGAUGAUAGAAAACAAGGUAAACAUGUCACGAAACCACAGGUCAAUACUCUCAUCGCUGAGAUGGCUGCUCAGUCCACAGAGUCAGCUCAACUGAUACCAGAAGACUUUCCCUCUGACAUCUACUCAGGAACCAAAAUGAUGGUGUUCUGCCUGGUGUUUCUGAUAUUUUAUUACGAGGUUCAGGUUAAGGAAAAGGGGAAGACUAAGUGGACUUUAGGAGUUGCCAGAGAGUCGAUCAACAGGAAGGGAAAAAUCACACUGGGCCCUCAGGAUGCAAAGAAGAUCGAGCUGUCCAAGACACAGGCUGAAAUUCUGCAGAUGAUCCAGAAGGAGAUCAAACACUCAAUGGAGCUCAGUAAGGAAGACACAAACAGACAGAUCUUAACCGCUCUGAAGGAGUCUGUUGAGAGAAGCCAGGCCAAGCUCAUCGAGAUAAUCAAAGAGAAGACAAGAAGGACAGAGAAACUGGCUGAAGGAAAGAUCUGA